GUGGCCUGCGCCUCAUUGCCCUGGCUGGCUCGGCCCUCAACUGCCUGGGUGCCUGGCUCAAGCUGGGCAGCCUCAAGCCACACCUCUUUGCUGUCACCGUGCUGAGCCAGGUCGUGUGUGCCGUGGCACAGGUCUUCAUCUUGGGCAUGCCUUCGCGCAUUGCCUCUGUCUGGUUCGGCGCCCAUGAGGUCUCCACUGCCUGCUCCAUCGCUGUCUUCGGCAACCAGUGUUCCAGGAGAAGCCACCACAUCCUCCAAGCCGGGCCCAGGCCUUGAUCCAAUCAAAACCACCGGAAGACUAUUCGUAUCUGCACUCCAUCCUCCGGUUGCUCCGCAACACUAACUUCCUGCUGCUGAUGAUCAGCUAUGGUUUGAAUGCAGGUUGCUUCUAUGCCCUGUCCACGCUGCUGAACAGCAUGGUGCUUUAGCACUAUCCAGGGGAGGUGGUGAAUGCUGGCAGAAUAGGACUCACCAUCAUACUAUCUGGCAUGGUUGGAGCUUUAAUCUCUGGCAUCUGGUUGGAUAAAACCAAAACCUACAACUCUACUGGGGUUCAUGCUCCCAGCCUAUGGUUUUUAACAGGUUUGUUGUGUCACUGUGUCUCUCAAUUCAUUGUCCACCCAAAGCAACUCGGUGGGCAGAGGAGGAGGGAGGCAUCUCUGCUCUGGUGCCAUCUAUAUUUGCCUCCCACUCUCCAAAGAUAUACAACACUUGUGGUUUACAUCAUGUCCCUGGUGGGCCUGGUGGUCUACACCUUCACCCUGAGCCUCGGCCACCUCUGGGUGGUCUUCGUGACAGCAGGUGCUCUGGGGUUCUUCAUGACGGGGUACCUGCCCCUGGGCUUUGAGUAUGCUGCAGAGCUAACUUAUCCAGAGUCAGAGGGAACGUCUUCAGGCCUCCUUAACGUGUCUGCACAGGUUUUUGGAAUAAUUUUUACCAUCAGCCAAGGACAAAUCAUGGAUCACUUUGGGACAUGGGCAGGAAACAUCUUCCUUUGCUCCUUCCUGCUUGUAGGGACCAUCAUAACUGCAUUCAUUAAAGCUGACCUCCGCAGACAGCAGGCAAAUCUGGAAAGUGAACAGACCGACGUUAGCAGAGACGUCCACCCAGCGUUCCCGAAGCUGUCAGCGACACUGGCUAGCAAAGUGCAUAAGCUUAGUUCCCUGCUGACUCGAAUCGCAGCUUUUUGGAAGACCAUGCCGCCUUCCACCAGAUAAUCUCUAACCACUCCCAUCUGGAGAGACCGGUGGCUCCAAGAGGCCUUCUGGCCACCCUGCUCCGACUGGCCGCCCUGGAAGGUGUAUUUUAAAUAAGAUGCUUUUCGUUAGAAAUGGCGCAAACAUAAAACACAUGGUAUGAAAUACACAAGGGGCACCCCCCCCCUCCCCCCCACGCGCUUGCACAGUCCCACAAAUAUAAUUCUGGAGCAGGGGAAAUAGAAAAUGGCCACAAUUUCUAUCUGGCUGGGGAUGAGCUACAGUGUGCUCACCUGAUAAGUCCCUGUUCACCCUGCAUUACAGCAGGUAAACUCCCCUGUGGGCAGAAUUCAGUAAGCUUCCUGGACAGGCAAUUGAAUUCCAGAAUCAAAUCACUCAUGAGGGGAGCAAUAUGAAUCUGUGCCAUGCUGAGUUCCCCAGCACAUAAAUGAGCACAGGACAGCCUGGAUAAUCACUUCCUUUUGUGAAUGCAGUGGUAGGAUACAGCUCACUAUUGUAGAUCUGCAGCUGCCUGCAUCAGUCCUACCCCAAAGCCUGGGCUUUUUCAAUCUCCAUUUGCUCACUGAAGGAGGGAAUCCAGGAUUAGUAGGGACAAGGCCCCAAGGGUGAUGGAUCUUCCAGCUCUAGGGCUAAAGAUGUAUCAGUCUUAGCCCAAAUGUGAUUUGUAAAUCCAGAAGACACCUAGGCAGUGAUGAAAGGAACCUUGACAGGAUCUUGAAAUUGGGGAAGUCUUUGGACAUAAAGACUAAUAAUAACAUCCUCCUUUGCUUCAUCAGACCCAGUGACUCCCUUCAAAUGAACUGGAGGCCUGGGAUGAGGCCAAAUAAGCUACUGGAACUUUUUAUGUAAAUCCACAAUAAAAUGGUGGGCUGCAGCUGGGAGGUGUUAGAAGGGCAGGGGAGGCACAACUGAUCUUUCGACAGAUGUGAAACUGGUGAGGGAGACUCGGGAACUAGUAUUGGUAAGGGUAGAGCUGCAUUAAAGGGUCUUAAAACAAGGAGUCAUUUAGAUACUCAGAUAACAAAGGCCCUUCAAGUGCCAUUUUCAGUAGAAAUCUUACUACCCCACAGUUUGACCUCUGCCUAGCUCCUUUGCAUGUCUGUUAUAACGGACAUUUCCCAAAGUAAGAAGGCAAGUGGAGCAGGCAGGUCAGUAACAACAAAUAAGAUAGCAAGCAUCCUUUAUGAAAUAAAGCUGUAUGCACAGGCUCCUUAGCUAUUAGUCCCUGAAUUUCCUCUUGGUGUAUGGUCUGGCCAACUGGUCACUCAGUAACAUAAAAGGGAAUGGAUUGAUUGUCAUGCACUGAGUGGGGGAGAUGAAGGAUUCCAGUCCAUUACCUCCCACUAAGGUACUAGUCU